AUGCAAUGGAACUCAGCUGGGCUUAUCCAGGCCAAGAGGCUUGCUCUCCACAAAACCCUUGUUGAGGAGAAUGUGACAUUCUGCCUUCUAAGCGAGACGAAACUAUCUUCUGCGGAAGUGUCGAGUUUCACAAUCGCUGGUUACCGACAUCAUAGAGCGCUCCACCCCUCUAAAAGAGGCAGCGUUUCGAUUCUUGUGCGUGAAGAUCUGCCAGUAGAAGUAGGACUCACCGUAGUUCCAAGCAUUGAGCAUGCUCAUGCAACGAUCCAAAAUGUCAGAAGGUCUGGCGCUAACAGUGACGUCAGCAUACUCUUCCCUCCGGGGAGAUCAUACACAACUUUGCAGCUAGACAUGCUUUUGAGCGUUCCCUUGCGAGAAAUGUGA